GUUGCAGCCAAUCGAGGGUCGUCAGCCAAUGAAAUGUAACCAGGAAGGUCACAGGCAGUGUCCCGGAUGUUACGUAUGUCCGCUGCUGCACCAACGUGCGAACUGUAAAGGGCCCAAAGCAGAGUGCAGACAUGUGGCCUCUGUUCUGGACAGCGGCGCGGACCUACGCCCCCUAUGUCACCUUCCCCGUGGCCCUGGUGGUGGGAGCGGUGGGCUACCACCUGGAGUGGUUCAUCAGGGGGGCCCCGAAAGCCAGAGAGGAGAAGGGCAUCCUGGAGCUGAGGGAGGAGAGGAAGCUGCAGGAACAAGAGGGUACGGACAGCACGCAGGUGCUGAGCCUGAAGGAGAAACUGGAGUUCACUCCGCGAGCCGCUCUGAACAGGAACCGACCUGAAAAGAGCUAACGUGCACUGUCCCCUGUUUCCCUCACCAGUUCUUCCCUUUUACCUCAGCCGUACAUCCUCACUGUGUGAAUAUCUGAUACUUUUGAGAGGGGAAUCAAAAGGAUCUUUAUUUGGUCUUUUUUUUUUUUUCUUCUUCUUCUUCUUUGAGUCAAUCAGUUUAUAUGUGCUGGAUCGGAUUCCCAGACCUUCUCCUUGAUUUUACGAAUUGAUCAAUAGCCAAAUCAGGACACUAUAAUUAAAAACAGCUGACAUAUUGAGACUUUGGGUGGCAGAGCUCUGAACUGAUGCGCUGGUUUGGUGAGAUUUGUUCUUUGAUGGUUUUAUGUACAUGUGUUGUUGUGUCUCUGCUGUUCAAUCACACUCAAGUAAUUGAAGAGAUGUCACAGAUGUGAAAAAAAAAAAGAUCAUGUUCUGAGCCUGUCGGAAAGUGUUUCUCCUUUUUAAUCAUUUCUGCAUGUUUAGAAGUGACUGAAGAUAAAAGCGGAGGAAAAGUCUUUGUUGGAAUUCUUUUUCAUCUCGUAUAACCUUUUGAUGGUAUGUGACAAAAUAAGCCGACAACGUGGGUGGUCCCUCGAGAUGUUUAAGCUGCUUUAAGUCCUAUUGUCUGGCACAUCUACACUGUACUUUCAUUUUAGGAAGUCGGGAUGGUGUGCAAACUAUGAUUGUCCGUCUUCAACAAUUAUGAUGAAUAAAGGAAUGUUAGCUGAAA